GAUCGAAGUGAAAUCAGUAUGAAGUAAGGGAUGCCCGGUCCGUUCGGACUUCUCGAAAUGCGAAGGGUUCGGCGUCGCGUGUCCGAAACCUUCGUCCGUCCCGCCGCUCCAUUUGCAGCCGGAGGGGGAGGAGAGAAGAGUUCCCAAACUGCCCAGGGCCCAUCGGCAGGGUCCACCGCAUCACGACCACCAAAGAGCUCGACAAAGUCCCUAAACAUAUGGACACUCAGCGCUGUACGGUUGCGUCGGCCCUCGACUUGCGGUCGAUCUUCUGGGGCAACCUCCUUCUCCUCGGCUUCAAACCAGACAACGCGUCCAUCAACAAAAAUGUGUUCAACAGCCACUCGCCUGCUGGGGGAAAGGCCAUGGAGGCCGUCGUCAGGUUUCUGUUUGGGGUUCUGGACGAGAAGGAAGCCGAUUCGCGUUUCGCCAAAUGUUGGCCGAUAACAGACCGAAAUCAGGCCCGCGACUUUCGGAAUAUCGUUAUCAAGUGGCUGGAAGCCAUGAAGAAGGAGGGUCAGUUGCCGCCUGAUGUAACGAUUCGGAAAUCGCAUUUCGAUGAAUGCCGGGGUGAACGAUUUGAGCGGACGCUUUGGGCGCUUUCCAGUCUGGCAUUGAGGGUGGCACUGAGUCGGGAAGUCGGUGCGGACGGCAUGGAGAAGAUAGGGGAAUGCAUGCUGAAGAACAACGAGGAACUGAAGACACAGUCAAUCAGCAAUCACCAGACAUUCCUGAGAGAGUGUACGGCGCGGGGAGACCAGCAGAAGAGGUGGGAAUCGUAUGGCACAAAACUUACAAGUGAAUAUGAGGAAGUGAAACAGCGAAAGAAAGGAGUAAGCCUAAAACGAGCCCGAUUGGAUAACUCCUUUAUCAAGCUUUUUGGAGAUGCAGUCCCAAUCAACGAGGCGCUGAAGCAUCGCGACGAGUGCCUCUCCAACAUCCGCCAGCAUAGAAAACGAAUGGCGAAGUGGAUGCAUGACAAUCAGGAAAAUGUGGAGACCAUCGGAGCGUAUGUCAAUGGGCGGAUGAAAACGCAUACGUUGAUGGGCAACGUCCCGCGGAGUGGCCCCGGACAUUUGACAGGGCCACCUAAAGGCGUGGUCGAUCUGACCGAGGUUGCGAAGAGGUGGGGCGAGGCACAUGCGGAAUUGGCGGCCGCUCUCCGCUCGUAUUUUGACGAAAGGAAGGGCGUGGAUGCGAUAGAUCACAACUCGAUGGAGGGGUUGUCCGACGCGUUCAUCCUGCUGAACGAUGCAGAGGAGUUGAAACGGCAACUGGAGCACGAGUUUAGAGAUGUCACUGCGAAAGUCGAGAAGGAGAGUGCCAACUACCGGGUGCAGUACGCCAAACGGCAUAGCCUGCCGUCGACGAAACCAUCAUCACCUACCUCGAAAUCGUUCACUCAAACCUACGACGGGACAACAUCACCAUUUCCCCUAGAUCGCAAAGCACAAUGGCAAAGCGUGCGCACACCGCCACCGCCAACAUUCCGGAAAACUCUGUCCUCCCUCACGACAACCCCGGAGGCAGUGCAGGCCCUCCAAAGGAGUGUCGUGACCGAGAUGUCAGCAAAGCGGGCUCCGGCGGAGGAGGCAGCUGCCGCAACAACUGCGGGACAGUUGAGGGAGAGGGUUCUGGGCGUGGUGUCGUCCAAUGAAGGCCGGCGAGAAGCGAGGAACAGGACGGAGUUGGGCGCAACGGGACAAGCCCGCAGCGGGCUGCUUAUUGCUGCCGGUUCAUCACGCAAAACCGGUGCUACGAUCACAAGGCGGGUAGUGCCUGCCCCGGUAAAGCCACCCCCCGCCCCAUCAAUGGUGAAGCAGGCCACGAGGGCGGAAUCGGCGACGGAUACUAUGCAGCGGACCUCUGCUGGAAAGAAUGCCCACGUAACAUUGGGAAGUAGGCCGACAUUGGUCCCAUCGAAAUGGCAGCAGAGAGCACAGACAACGGCGGAUAUCAACUUUACGUCUCGUGCCCCAUUUGAUGGGAGUCGCACGGCCGACGGCGAAUCACUGAUCCCGGAGGGCAAGAGCAAGCCUUAUACUCGGAAUGAUACCCAGAUCUCAAACACCGCACCUACUGCCUCUGCAAGACCCAAACGAUUCGCGCUUAUCCCUGAGGUUUUACCAGACCGCUCCACUCCACUACCUGUUCCACCGGUAUCUGGUGGUUCGAUACUCGCUCCACAUUCGGCUCUGAAAUCAUCUCGACCUCUGUUGCACACCCUACCGGAGGCAGGAAACGAACCUGUUAGCAAAUCCACCCUCUUGGCAUACGACCGUCUCUGCGAGCAGAUCGUUGACUUUGUCAACAAUGACAUUGUUUUCCCAGGUGCUCUCGAACCGAGCAUAGGAUCCGAUUUUUCAAACGAUCCGGUAACUGUAGUGGCUGAACCGAGGUGCAUCGAUGCUCGCGAGGCCUUAUCAGGCGGCUCCGAAGACCCCAUCUCCGCACUGGGAACAGCGGCGUUUGCGCCACGCGCCGAAAUCCCUCGCACUCCUGAAAAGGAUCCACCGAGAGCCAUCCGACCCAAGAUUGCAUUUUCUCCGAUACCUUCCACACCACCGCCCGUCCGCUCUAGUUUAUCAUCAACACCGCAGGCUGCCACGCCGUUAUCGGCAACCGCUGCCCAAGCUACAACACCGCCACAAUCUACAACGCCUUCUUCACCUACUAUCCCGCCUUCGACCCUCAGUUUCCUCCUCAAAGCAGCGAUGUACAAGCCCAAAACGCCAUCAAAGCUGUCGCAGCCGGUCAUCUUCUCGCCAGACUCUUCCAUCGCGUCUGAUGAUCUCGACUCACACGGCGGGGCCGAGAUUGGGGUUCCGAUGUGGACUACAGUGGACGGGAAUGAUUCCCAAGUGCAUCAGCGAUUGGAUGCGGCGUCGGUGAAGGAGGGGGGAGACGGGAAUCCUGAUGAGGAUGGGCUGGGAAUUAGAGAGCUGGGUUCGAUGGAGUUGUCCAUUGAGCUGGAUCUGGAGCUUGGGCCUGAUGAGAGUGGAUUUUUGUCUUUUGAUGAUGAUUGAAUGACGGUUGUAUGAGCGACGAGGAUUGCAUUACCAUCUGGAGUCUAGACAGACGCCGUGUAAGAUGCGCAUACAUUCAAAGCGUAGU